AUUCUCCGGCCUGCCACCCGCAAACGCCGACUCAAGCAAAAGAUAUGAAAAUAUGCUAGUAUUUUGGAGUGGUUGCACAGACGAUGCCACUUCUUCCUCUGUUAUUUUAUCAUAUUGAUUAGAUCCCCGUGAAGUCUCCCUCCUCACCCUCCAUGAUAGGGGAAACAACGCGCGACGCGAAUGGGCUGGAACUAUUUCUCUGUGUUUUCUUCUUGUAGAUGAAUUCUGUAACUGUAUAUCUUCCGACGCCUAUCUUCUAUCUAUAAUAGGGUCACUGCUGUUCUUCACAAGCUGCAAUGGAAAGCCAGCGGUCUCAUAGUACAUCAUGUACCCAUAAUACAAGAAUCCAUGAAAACCUCCAUUCUUCCUCCUCAUCCUUCAUGAUGUUGUCUCUUGGUCCUCACCAAGUAGUAAUCGCAGACGCGAUCAGAGCUGCAAGCGUCGAGAUUAGAUUGGAAAAUGGUGAUCGCUAUAAGCCCGCACGAGAGGCAGCAGCGAACGCGAUCGCGCAACUUCUUGAAAAGCAUCGUCUUUCUUGUGAGAAAUUGAUUGCUGCCACCAAGAAUAUGCAGUUGGCCGAAAUAGGGGAUUCGGUGGAGUGUCUAUUUGCUUGGAUCGAGUUUCAGAACAUCGUACUUAUAAACUUAGACUUCUUCUUAUUUUUUGGUGAUGUGCGUAUAAUGCGUAACUAUUUUCUAUGUAUUCGUGCGAAAGUAGAAUCCCAAACAGAUGAAGUGGAAGAAAUGCAUCAACGCAGAACUAUACUUUUGAUAUGUCAAGAAGAGUUUGGCACUGGCUCUUGACUUUUCCAGCUUUCUUUUGUGAUGCUUUUACUUUAUUCGUCUGCAGCAGCUUCUUCUCCUGCUUCUUCUUCUUGUUGCAAGAAUUUACUAGACUCCAGCGCCCGAUAGCUAUUCCUCCACUAGAGUCCUCCACUUCCUUCAGGCAUUUCUUCCGUCAAGACGCGCCCCCCUCCGCUCCUCUUCUGCCAGCUCGCGGCGCUUCCUUUACGGAGUUGACCCGCGGAAGAGGAGUCGGGGCAGGGGCGCCGAGGAAUUUGACAGGGGCAGCCGCUCCCCUGAGGUUUUUCUUUUUGAGGUGUUUCAGAUUUUGCCUGCUUUUGAAUAUAGUGCACCUCCUUGGGGUGGGGGCUUCACUUCUUGGGGUGGGCUUGAAGCUUCUAGCUUGCAGCCUGAAACGAAGCUUGUGGCCCUCAGUUUGAAGCUUUGAGCUGCGGCUAAGCUCUAGGGGUAAAGCUUCGGGCUUGGCGCUACUUGGGUUUUGGGGCUUUGGAUUUUAUAAGCCAAAGCGUUGGGCUUAGGGCGUAGCUGGAUUUGAAGAGUUUUGGCUGAAGUUUUGGACUUGAGCCUUUGGGCGUGAAGGCUUAGGCCCAACGCCUUGGGCGUCAUGCUUCGGGCUUGAAGCCUUCGGCCUAAAGGCUUGGGGCUGAAGCGUUGGGCCUGGGGUGUUGGGCUCUCUUUGGGUCUUGGCUUUAUAAAGGCCUGGGCACGAAGCUUUGGGCCCGAAGUGUUAGGCUUAAAGCUUUGCGCCUGAGGCCUUGGGUUUGUUGUGUUGGGGUCGAGUCCUUGAAUUCGAAAAGUUUGAAACUUGGUCGCGGCUGAAUGAUGAAAGAAAAUCAGCUCGGCACGCUAACCCAAAGUAGUAGACUGUUUAACUUUAUCGCUUAGAAUCUUAAUUGGGUCGCUUGUGGUCGAGAUUGGCUACACAUCACGGGCCGCGUGUUGGCCGAAUCGCGAUCGAUCGAAGGCGCAUGGCGUGCCACGCUUGUGGCUUUGGAGUUGAGUGCUCGAAUUUGAGAAGUCUAACGCUUAGCCCCGGCUGAUAAAGUCAAAAAUUUUGCUACUGUUCUGAAAGAGCAGGGCUUUUGACUUCAUUUCUUAGAACUUAAAGUGAGUCACCUUCGGCCGUGAUUGGCUACACAUCACCGGCAGCGCGUUGGCUGGUGUCGUGGUCGUAGUCUAAUGACAUGCCACGCCUGAGGCCUUGGGCUUGAGGUUUUAGCGUUGACUAUUUAAAAGCUUAAAUUUUGACUCUGGCUGACAAAGUCAGAAGGGUCGCUUUUUUAGCCUAAAAUGGCAAGGCGUUUGACUAUAGUAUAUCGCUUAGAACUACACUCGAAUCCCAGGCGGCCGUGAUUGGCUACGCGUAAGUAGGCUGAGCUUCGUUUCUGGCUGAUACUAAAGUCAAAAGCUUCGCCAUUUUCGCGCAAAAUAGCAAAUGCAAAGUUUUUGGCCAUGUUAUCGCUUAGAAUUUAAAGCGAAUCGCCUGCGGUCGUUAUUGGCUACGCGUAGGCUGCGUUGCGGGCUGAUAAAGUCAAGAACUUCGCUACUUUCGUCUAAAGUAGCGAAGUUUUUGAUUGUCUCGCAAUGAAUCGCUUAGAAUUUAAACCGAACUGCCCGCGGCCGUGAUUGGCUGCGCGUAGGCUCGCCGGACUUCGUUUCUGGCUGAUAAAAUCAAAAACUUGACUAUAUCGCUUAGCUAGGUUUUAAAUCGAGCCGCUUGCGGUUGUCUUUGGCUAUGCGUAGGCUGAACUUUACUUCGUAAGUUUAUAAGUUCGCGAGUAGUUUCUAUUCUUAUAUAAGUUCAUGGGCUUGGGGUUGGGCGCUUUGGGUGCCGGUGCUGGGGGUUUGGGUGUUGGGGGUUCGAGCGCUGGGGGUGGUUCGGGUGUUUGGGGUUCGGAAGUGGAUGAGUGAGAAUCCGGAGGAGUCUUUGUUGCUUUUUUAUUCGGUUGCCCACGGUGUUUGUGUUUGAAUCGUUUAUUGAGCGUUUCUUGGGCGACAUCGUAAAUCGGUGGUUCUGUCAGGUUUUAAGUGGUUUGAGCUUUCGUUACUGUCCUUGACCUUGUCGUAAGUUUUCUCGUCUGUAGUUGCAGUCUCUGUUCGAUGUCGUCGCUCCGUUUAUGAGUACUUACUUGGCUUGUCUUCGGUCGGCCCUUUACGCUGUACGCAUACAACCCCGAUCGCCUUUGUAUGAAUUUUUAGACCUUUACUCGACGAGAGCGAGAUGAAGUACCUGGUUCCCCGCUUCUUUCUGCUUGCCUUCCCUCUUUAAUAGCUCUUAUGGAUUUAGCUUUGGGUUGUAAAGCUAGUUCUGUUGAAACUUUAUGGUCGGAUGCGGCUGGCUCUAGAAUCUGGCUUGGUGAACCGGUACCCUUGGUCCUGUCAGAUACGGUGGUCUAGAGUCAGUGCGAGCACCCAUCCCCUCCAGCGUCCACCACCAAGGACCUAGAGGGUGGGACGCCAAGGGCUGUAGCAUCCUCUAGCUAAAUAGUGAAUUUAGUUAUUUAUUUAAUUGCUUCUUUCUCCUUCACGUUCUUCGAGCUCGUCCUUGCUUUUCAUCUUCAGACCGGUACUACGAGUAAGUUGUGAGCGUGAGCGCGAGAGAACGUCUAUGCUAGCCCUCGACGCCUUCUUCCUCUUCGCGCACUCAAAAGCAGGGACCACGACGGACAACGAAUCUCCCUCAUAUUUAGCUCGUUAACUUCGAUACACCAUGCUGGCAUCUAUCGUCGAUCUUUAAAAUUGCAACCUUCAGGUAAGGGAGAUGGCGGAAGGAAAACAUAAAUCGGUCUGCAACCCGCAAAAGCCGACUUAA